AUGUACCGUGUUAUUGUGAAGUUGAACAAGAUUCUUCCUGCCUGGUAUAAGAUGUCAGAUAUGCUGCCGAACGCCUGGUUUUAUAAGCUCAACCACAUGAGUACUGGCAAGCUGCAGAACUUGACGCAUAAAUUCUCGAACAAAAAAGUUCAAUCCAAAACAAAGUCAUCUCCUUUCUCAUCAUCUACUGCAGCAGCGCACAAACAAACAUGUCACCUUAGGAAGUCUUACUACUUCAAUCUAGACUUCAAGUCGACCUCUCAUUUGUCAGAAAGAAGAAAAUCAUCCGACAGAAGAUGCGACGCGGAGAAAAUUAAAGCAUCUCCGAAGCUAAUUGCAAACUUUUCUGUUUCUGAUGAGUACCCUGGCUGUCAUGUAAGCCAUGAAUCCGUUUAUUCUACGCCUCACAUGAUGGAACAGGUCCAGAAUGAUUCUGUUUUCUAUGAUCUGGAUGCUGAAUUUAAACGGGUUAAUGAGCCACCAAAGUGUGCUUCAUAUAUCAAGUUGGUCACGACUCAGAACCGUCUCAAAUUGGUCACUUAA